CAUAAUAUACCCUCAAUGGUGGUGAGGUGAAAAAGCUUCCGAGAAACACUCAAUUUAGACCAACUUCAGACUCGAUUUUAACGCAAAAUUUCAAUUUUUAGACUACUAUUGUCAAGGUUUAGGUACCCUAGAUCAUUGUGGAGUUGUGCAGUUUCGAAGCUAUGGUGGUAUUAAGAGAUACGUCGAGGUAAUGGCAGAUAAAAGGAAGCUUCAAGGUGAGAUUGAGCGCUGCCUUAAAAAAGUCAGUGAAGGAGUCGAAACAUUUGAAGAUAUCUGGCAGAAGGUACAUAAUGCAUCGAAUUCAAACCAGAAGGAAAAGUAUGAAGCCGACCUUAAAAAAGAAAUUAAAAAGUUACAGCGACUACGAGAUCAGAUUAAAACUUGGGUGGCAUCCAAUGACAUCAAGGACAAAAAAACGCUGUUGGAAAAUCGAAAACUCAUCGAACAACAAAUGGAACGUUUUAAGGUAGUGGAGAGAGAGACGAAAACCAAAGCAUAUUCAAAAGAAGGAUUAGGGCUAGCAGCAAAGAUUGAUCCAGCACAGAAAGAGAGAGAAGAGGCAAGACAGUGGAUUACAGAUGUCCUUGAGAGAAUAAAUUUACAGAUUGAUCAGUUUGAGAGUGAAGUAGAGAUGCUACAUGCAGGUUCUAAAAAGAAAAAGCUUGAAAAAGAUAAACAAGAGAAAGUUGAUGAUCUUCAUAUAUUGGCUGAUAAACAUAGAUUUCAUAAUGACAAACUAGAGAUUAUACUCAGAAUGUUGGACAAUGGAACGAUUGAAAGUGAUGAUAUCAGGCAACUCAGAGAGGAUAUGGAAUACUACCUGGACUGCUGCCAGGAGCCAGAUUUCCAGGAAAACGAAUUUAUGUAUGAUGAUUUUGAUAUGGAAGGAGAAGAGGAUGGAGAUAUUGAUUUUGAUUCAUCAUUAUUAGAGUCAACAGAAAAUGACGUCGAUGACGAUCAUGGACUUAGUAAUAAUGUCCCUAGCUCACCUGCUACUUCUAUACCAACCUCUCCUACUUCCUCUAACUUUCCAUCAUCGCCAUCUUCGAUCCCUUCAACUAUAUCUUCCAACAAGAACCAUCAAACAACUCAAAAUUCUCCAAGGAAAAACUCCAAAGGCAGCUUGCCGGCAAACAAUAUACUUCAAGGAACGACAAGCCAGCGACCAGUACUGAAACCAACAUUAUCGUCUUCUGGACAACCGUCAAUGACAGCAGUCAAUAGUUCUGAAGCCAAGACAAGUAAUGGAUCAUCUAAACCAAUCAAUUCUGUGAUGACAAACUCGUAUGAAAACCACUCAACUAGUUCUAACGAUAUUGGAGAAGUAUUAACCAAUCCCAAGACACCAGUAUCAGAAUCACCGCCUCCCCCUGUGUCAGGUUACGCUGUCGUAGCAGGAAGUCAACAGAACCAUGUAGAUGCAACUCCAAGCCAACCCCCUCGAAUGGUGAACCAUACCCCUCUACCUAGUAGUACGAAUAUCGUUAGGUCUACGUCAUCAGUUGUGAACAGUCAUGAUACGUUACAAAACAAAGAUGCAAGUCUUUCUACUGACAUUGCAAACCUGGUAUCAUCAGUUUCUUCCCUUUCCAUGGAAACUAUGUCUACUGCAGCGACAUCAAGCUCCUUCCCUAUGCGUAAUAGCAUACCCAGUAGCAAUCCAGUCGCAUCAGUAGUAGGGGCUCCUCCUCUAUCUUCUGCUCCUUUAACGAUUUUACCUUCAUCCCUACCAUCAACUUCUGUACCCAGUUCAACUGCAGCUCUAAGCAUGAUGGGAAUGCCUGUGAGUCUAACUUCCUCGUUAUUAACCAGUACUACUAAUACAGCAUUAAGUACACCACCUAUGUCUUCAGUGGAAUCUUUAGCAGUAUCAACGCAAUCUGUAGCGUCUCUGAUCAAUAAUCCACACUUUAUGGCGAAUACUGCACCACGACAUGUCACUACGUCAGAUCAUUUUUCAUCACUCAAGUCCAUUGCAGCUCAAGCGGUCGCCACGGCAAAUUUACACAGUCAGGUUCAGGUUCCUAUGGAUUAUUCUGCUGAUGGAAGAGAUCUUGAAAACAGAUUCCACAAUGAUCAAAGAAUGCCCCAUAGUACUUCAAAGUUCCUGACAAGGCUCUUCGACACCACUUCAUCAAGUCGAACAGCAGAAGAAACAAAAGGUCCAGUAGAAACCAACACUGCACACCUGCAGCCAUUACUAGGCGUGGCACCAUUAGGCCCUGUACCCCUCAAUAAAGAACGGUGUUAUCAGUUGGCAAUGCUAGAAGCAGCAUACCAUCAUUUGCCCCUUCCUGCUGACUCAGAGAGGGUUAGGCCAUGCUUGUCAAGGAAUCCCUACCCUGCUCCCCCUUACUACCACCAACACCCUCCCUCCCAUGUGGAAAAUAUAGAUUUCUUCCAAAGGCUACAACCUGAAACGUUGUUCUUUAUUUUCUAUUAUCAAGAGGGGACCAGAGCUCAGUAUUUGGCAGCGAAGGCACUUAAAAAACAGUCUUGGAGAUUUCACACCAAGUACAUGAUGUGGUUUCAGAGACACGAAGAGCCCAAGGCGAUAACAGACGAAUAUGAACAGGGUACCUACAUCUAUUUUGAUUACGAAAAAUGGCAGCAAAGGAAAAAGGAGGGCUUCACGUUCGAAUACCGUUACCUAGAAGACAAAGACCUCCCGUAAAAUAGAUCGAAAAAUCUUUCACUAUAAGCACGCAUUCGUUUGGUACACCUAUAGGACAGAACUAGACACCAACGGCCCUUGAGCGGCAAAGAUCACCCCAGGUGGGGGACACAAGCUGCACAAGGGGCCGUCUGUAGUCUCGGUAUCUGAUAGUGCGUUUUAUUGACAGUAGGGACACAAGUAUUUAGAGGGUGGCCGUCUAAACCCGUCCGUUUUACAAAGAAACUACCUUGUUUAUAUUGUAAAUACGAAUGCUAGCUCAAAUUAUGCGUUCAUUAAAAAAAUUGAUGCAUAAA